GUCACGUGACUAAAGAAGAUGGCGGCCUCCACGAGCGCCGGCGGCUUCCGGGUUCUAGCGGCGGGGGCCGGAGCCGAGUCUCCCGGGAGCGGGGACGUGCCCGAGGGGGAGCAGCCGGCGCCCCCCGGCGACCUGCGCAGCGUCCUGGUCACCAGCGUCCUCAGCCUGGAGCCCCUGGACCUGGAUCUGUUCAGGGGGAGGCACUACUGGGUCCCUGUCACACGGAGGCUGUUCGGCGGGCAGAUAGUGGGCCAGGCUCUGGUGGCAGCUGCCAAGGCCGUGAGUGAGGACGUCCAUGCCCACUCCCUGCACUGUUACUUUGUGCGAGCAGGGGAUCCCACGGUGCCAGUUCUAUACCAGGUGGAGCGCACACGCACAGGGAAGAGCUUCUCUGUUCGCUCAGUGAAGGCAAUUCAACAUGGGAAGCCAAUCCUCAUCUGCCAGGCCUCCUUCCAGCAGAGCCAGGAGAGCCCCGUUCAGCACCAGUUCACCAUGCCUACUGUGCCGCCUCCGGAGGAGCUGCUGACUCAAGAAGAGCUAAUUCAGAAAUACCUGCAGGAUCCCAACUUGGUGGAGAAAUACAGGCUGGGACUCAACAAGAUUCUGGCCCAGGAGGUGCCAGUUGAGAUCAAGCCUGUGAACCCACCGGAGAUACUCUGCCAGCUGCCUCAGGAGCCCAAGCAGCUGUUCUGGGUUCGGGCACGAGGCUAUAUUGGAGAGUGCGAUAUGAAGCUGCACUGCUGCGUGGCUGCCUACAUCUCCGACUAUGCCUUCCUGGGCACAGCUCUGCUCCCGCACCGGCAGCAUCCUGUCAAGUUCAUGGUGUCCCUCGACCACUCCAUGUGGUUCCACACCCCCUUCCGAGCUGACCACUGGAUGCUGUACGAGUGUGAGAGCCCCUGGGCCGGUGGGUGCCGAGGGCUGGUGCAUGGGCGGCUGUGGCGCAGGGAUGGAGUCCUGGCUGUCACCUGCGCACAGGAAGGAGUCAUCAGAGUGAAGCAGAGCCCAGCUGAGAGCAAACUGUAGCUGGACAAGUCAGC